AUGGUGACAUGGGAUAAAACCUUGGAUUUCUCUAGCCUCCGUGUGCUACAAGGAACUUCCAAAUCCCCUUUCCUGAUCAUAGCAAGUGACUCGUAUGAUUACCUGAAUUCCCUAAUUACAGCACUAUACGAAAGGAAUCUCCUAGUCUGGUCCACAAGGCUUUUAAUAGUCACAAGACUCCCACUUCAAGUAAUCCACCAUUUAAAGGAGAUUCUUUCCAACGUCAAUGGAAUGGUACUUACUAAAUACAAAAAUGGUUAUACUCAAGGGUUACUGGACGGAGGGCACCUGAUAUCUACUUCAGAGGUCUACCCUCCGCAUAUCAUGGAGAAAGAGAACUCCAACGAAGAUGACAGAAUUCUAAGGAAUCCUUUUCGCGGCCCCGGAGUCGAAAUCUUGAAGAUUUUAUCGGCUGUUAUUAACUUUACGACUACAGUCAUUCGGCCGCCAGAUGGUGCUUACGGCGUUCGCUCCUCGAAUGGUACUUGGAAUGGCAUGAUAGGGAUGCAGAAAAGGAAGGAAGUCGACUUUUCAUUCGCCCCGUUCAACAUCUUAUAUGCCCGCGCGCAGGUAGUCGAUUACACGUCCCCAUUCAUUAUCGAAUACGGAAGGAUUUUGGCUCGGAAGGGGGAGGUCGAAGCCAACCCCUUCGGGUUCCUGUUGCCCCUGGCCCCGUCAGUCUGGGGCUUCCUCAUCCUGUCACUGGUAGUGCUCAUGGCAGCGUCUUUCUUCAUGUCCUUCGUCUACAAACCAGCAGAACGUUCAAUCAAGGAAUGGUCAAUGACCAUUCUGGUUGCAUCGUGGGUGAUAGGAAUGCUGGUGUUGAUCGAGAGUUACGUUGGCAAUUUGAGGUCUCUCCUGAUUGCUCGAACUGUGCCACAGCCUUACCACUCAGUCAGGGCAGUCGUGGAUGAUCCCCGUAUAGCCGUCCUGUGGGUUGCCGGUGUGGCGUACCAACAGAUUUUGCAGAGCUUCACGUCAGGGGUGUUCAAGGAAUUAGCAGAUGCCGGUCCUAAUGGAAAGAUCACCUACAUCGACUCGACGAAAUUCUACGAAAUGGUUGACACGAAAGUGUCUGCCGGUACUCACGUAUUGGUGUGCGAGGAGCUCACUCUGAAAAUCCUGGUCUCCAGUCAUUUCUCAAAUAAAGGGCAUGGCUGUCCAGACCAUCUCACAGAAAACGGGGUUCAGCAUCUCCACCGUCUACAGAUGGACCAGGAGAUGGAUCCGGGAGGGACACCUCCACACCCGAUGCAAAAUGAGGGAGUGUCACAAGACCGACUCUGCGGAUGA